CAGCCCAGAAGCCGCUGCUUCACUACACUUCACUGGCCAGCGUCUUCUCUUUUGGCAGCCCAGCACGCUUCAGCAAAAUGGCCCUGGCUGGUAGGCUGCUCGUCCUCCUCGCCGUCGCGCUUCUUGCCGUCUCCAUCAUCGCCGAACACAAGGUGUUUGCGUCAGGGACUGAAGAGCAUGAGGAUAAUGUGUACCGAGUGAGCAAGGGAGGACAGGGCAGUCUCAAGAUAUACCAGUGCAAGCCGGCGUGCGAGUACCGGUGCAGCGACACCAAGUACAGGAAGCCGUGCCUCUUCUUCUGCAACAAGUGCUGCAACACCUGCCUGUGCGUGCCGUCGGGCUUCUACGGCCACAAGGACGAGUGCGCCUGCUACAACGACUGGAAGACCAAGGAGGGACACCCCAAGUGCCCCUAGUUGCAGGAUUCUGCCUCGCCGUUGAAGCCAUUGCUCGAUCAGCCAGGCCGGAGCCGGGCGGUUACAUGUAGCAGGUUUGCCGCUUCCGGCGACGCCGGUGUAAGAACUCGAUCGAGAUCUGGGUUGUUGUAGUAUGUCGCAUGCGUCCGCCUCUUCUCUGGCGGCGCACGCGGUUGUAUCGUGGGUUCAAACACAGUUUGUUGCACGUUGGAGGCACGCCGACGCAGUUGUUGUAGCACUACAAUACACGUAGUAAAUCGUGUAAUCCUAAGAGAGUGGGGCGCCGGUCGUGUUGGUUGUU